AUGAAGUGGGGGCUGAACGAAGAAGGUACCCCACUUCACGUCGUUGGUGGGGCAUCCAGUGUUGACUCGGAGGAGCAGAAGGAACACUACGGGACGGCCCAGGAGCUAACAUUGGCGCAAGGAUACGACCUGGACAUACUUGUGGCCAACCAGGAGAUGUACCAGUUUUACAUCGAGCAUGGCAUACUGCCCGGUGUUGCUUGGCGCUAUGAAUCGCUUCCGAUUGGUCUCAUGCUUCGCCUCCCGUGA